CAACCUCACGUGAUAGCACCUUCGUAUCCAGUUUCACUGCAGAGGUCACGAGCACACCACGGGAGGUCUCCUUGGCAUCCACAGACUUGGAGAAUUCGCGGGGGGUGCCAGCAUCCACGCCGUAUUCGUCGAUGUCGGAGGGUUCAGGAGGAGCUGGAAGCUCGGGGAGCAUGGAACCCCCAUCGACCGUCCACGUCGACCCAACGCAAUCCGACACUCCGAGUAGAGACAGCAUCCAUGAGCGAAAUAGCACGACCAUAACGUUACGUAAUUCCUCUGAGAAGGAAAUGCUGACAACUUCCCCGGGCGAUGAUGGCAGUUCGCCUGCGUUUCCCACGAACCCGACGAUCCCGAGUACCAUCAGUCAACCAGGAGAAUGGGAAUUUUCCUGGCCUUCUUCACCUCGAACGAGCACAAUUCGUGAGACAGCGCCGGUGGCAUCUUCAACUCCAGCUGGGCCACAUCCAUCACGAACGACAUUAAUUACUGAAACCCGUCCCACCAGCACUUUCCCGACUCCCUCUUCACAACAGACGAUGACACACGCCGUCCCCCAUUCUACGGUGACUCCCACCGAUCCACGAGAACUAGGGAGGACAAACACUCCACCUCUUCCCACAACCACCCCCACGAAAGAAGCCACCCCAGGGACGACCCAUACCACACCCCUUCCCACGACCACGAGACGACUCGGGACGACCCACGCGACACCCCAUCCCCCGACAACCUCCCCUACCCCUGGCAGGCACCCGACCGUGAGAGAGGUGAUGACCCCCGCUAAUGACCGAUCCCCCUCUGACCCCCACCCCACAGCAACCCCUAGUACCUCGACGACAGAAUUCCGCCUGGACGACAUCGUGCCCGGGAACCUGAGCUGCUUCGCCUGCAACCUGGACUUCCGCGAGUUCGAAUACGACAUGGAUCACCCUUGCCUCGGAAGACACACGCCUCUAGACAGGGCCUACGUCGUCAGAUGUGGAAUCAAGGAUCGCUACUGCAAAGUGGAGGUGACCCAGGUGAACGGGGUCCUCACGCAGCUGCGACGAGAAUGCACGGAAGUCUGCUACUACGGCUGCAGACUACGCGGCUUCGGCAUCCGGAACCUGGUCUGCUCCCAGUGCUGCAAUCGGCACGGCUGCAACCGCGACUUCCCGACGGCAGCCGCCAGCGUGCUCUGGCCCGGGCGGGAGGUCCUCCUCGCGGGGCUGCUCCCGGCCCUCGCGGCCCGAAUUCCAUAG